AUGGCUGCUGCUAAGAUAGAGACCGCUGCUGAAAUUGCUGCCCACGGCGCCCCUCCCCCCGCACCAGUGCAGACCCAGAGCUACCGCGAAAGCCGGCCGCAGAUAGUCGGUCCCGAGUCACCUCAACCACCGUUCCCCAUCCACCUCUCUGGGCUGGUUCAGCGUGGCUUUGGCAGAGGGGGGAAAGACCUGGGAUGUCCUACAGCCAAUCUGCCUGAUGAAUCUAUUUCGCCACUGAGCUCUGUCGCUCGUACCGGUGUGUACUAUGGGUAUGCGCAGGUGAUCCCCCCUGCAGGGGAAGAUAGACCCCUGCUUGAAGACGAGGUGAAGGUGCUUCCCAUGGUCAUGAGCUUAGGGUGGAACCCGUUCUAUCAUAACGAACGGUUGACUGCUGAGAUUCAUAUCAUGCAUGCCUUCAAGUCGGAUUUCUAUGGAUUCGAAUUGCGGGCGGUGGUGCUUGGUUACAUACGACCAGAGCUAGAUUAUGUCUCCCGAGAGGCCCUCAUAGCAGAUAUCGAAACGGACAAGAGUGUUGCGCUCAACAGCUUGAAACGACCGGACUAUCAGAAAUUCGCGGUAGACUCUCAUUUCCAACUUUCGUGA